AACAAAUUUCCGAAACAGACUGGAAACAGAUAGUCUUUCUCUCCUCUUUCUCUCUCUUUCUCUGACCGUCGAAUUAGAGGUCAGCUUUGGGGAUUUUUCUUCUUCCUCGUUGAAUCUUUGACCUUUCUUCCAUUGUUGAUCUCCUUUUUUCUCCAUUUGCUCCGUCUCUGUUGCUGGGUUUCUCAAUUCCUUCUCUUUCGUUACCGUUUAUGGGCGACGCGAAACCCGGGAGCGUGAUGGCUAACAGAGAUCGGGAGCUUCUGAUUCCAGUUGCUCAUUCCGGCGAAGAUGAUGACGAUGCUACACCCAAACCCUCUUCUUCUUCUUCGUCUUCUUCCUCACAUCCCGCUGGUCACGAGACCUUUUACAAGUUGAUAAGAAGCUGGGCAUCAAAGAAGUUCAUGACUGGAUGUGUGAUCUUGCUUCCAAUGGCGAUCACUUUCUACGUGACGUGGUGGUUUAUUCAUUUCGUUGAUGGAUUUUUCUCCCCAAUUUAUGCUCAACUCGGAAUUGAUAUAUUUGGACUCGGCUUUAUCACGUCCCUUACAUUCAUCUUCUUGGUUGGAGUGUUCAUGUCGUCAUGGUUGGGGACAUCGGUUCUGAAUUUGGGAGAGUGGUUUAUCAAGCGGAUGCCAUUUGUUCGCCAUAUCUACAACGCCUCCAAGCAAAUCAGUACUGCUAUAUCGCCAGAUCAAAACACUCAGGCUUUCAAGGAAGUCGCCAUUAUAAGGCAUCCACGUAUUGGUGAAUACGCGAUUGGGUUCAUCACAUCGACUGUUGUUCUCCAGACUUACUCAGAUGAAGAGGAACUUUGCUGUGUGUAUGUUCCCACGAAUCACCUUUAUAUUGGAGAUGUAUUCCUUGUUAGUACAAAUGAUGUGAUCAGACCAAAUCUCUCAGUAAGGGAAGGCAUAGAGAUCGUUGUAUCGGGAGGAAUGUCAAUGCCGCAAGUUCUUUCAACGCUCGAUAUGAGAAUGGCUCCAGAAAGAAGUAGAAGUAGUAGAGCUGAAAGAAACUGAAAAUUUAGUCCUUUGCAGAAAACAAACAGAUUCUCAAAUCUUCUUUUAACGUCUUCUUCUUUUGGAGUCAGUUAAUUGCACAUUUGAUGUUGAAGCAUUAGAAAGCAAUGGUGUUUUAGAAGUGUUUGUUCUUGUGACUUGUGUUAACACUGUUUGUGUCUAUAUCCUAGACUCUCCUACUCCUUUUAGUAUGCUGUAAAAUAUGUUUGUUUAGUCCCAUCCCCUUUUUAUUU